AUGAAAAAAGACCGCAGCAUCGAGACCAACACCAUCGCUUUCGAUUCGGCGAUCACUGCCUGUGGCGGCCGCAGCGGUAGCUGGGCACAAGCGGUUCACGUCUACGACAUCCUGAGGGUGCAGGGUCUGGCACCGAUCAGCAUGACCUACAACUCUGCCAUCAGCGCCUUCGAGUAUCGCCAGCAUUGGCAGAGAGGGCUCGAGUUUUUGCAGGAGCUCUUUGUACACCGCCCUGGCAAGCGCAUUGCCGCGAACGUGGUCAGCUUCAAUGCCGCUCUCGCUUGCUGCCGCAAGGCUAACAACAAUCGGCAAACUCUCAAGUGCUUGCACACCCCUUUCAUCCCGCGUGACGCGUCCACCGCAUCGUGUCGACGGGCCGUGGACGGGGACGGGUGGGGAGCUCUGGGUGUCGAGCGUUCGCGGGAGGACGUGGCUGUGGACGGGGUCUCUGGGCACCGAGCGUUCGCGGGAGGAUGUGGUCAUGGACGGAGACAGGUGGGCAGCUGGGUGCGGAGCGUUCGCGAGAGGCCGCGGACGGGGAUGGGUGGAGAGCUCUGUGGGGAGUGGCGUUCGCGCGUGGACAGGGACGGGGGAACUCGAAUGGGAGCAAUAUGCACCUCCUUACAAUGGUAUCUGAACACCGAGCCAGAGGUGUCACAGUGGCAGUGGGGCCUGCACCUUUGGAAGGGCGUGCGAAGGCAUCUGGAAAUCGACGCUCCGCACCUCAGGGAGGACAAAUCGGCAGAUGACGUGACUUAUGGAUGCGCAGUCAGCGCCUGCGAUCAUGGCUGGCAGUGGCAGUGGGGCCUGAAGCUGCUUUGUGAGGCCGUCUCUGCUGGACUCCGCCUGGGCAUACCCACCAUGAACUCGGCAAUCAGCGCCUACAAGGGUGAGCUUCACAACCGCCUUGGGAGCAUUCAGUGGCCCCGGCAUGACCCGGUCGAAGAGCAGCCUGGUGUUGGAGUUCAAUGGGAGAUGCAUUGGGUUGCGGCAGUUCAAAAGCUCAUGUGCCCUGAGCUGUUGAUGGAGAUGAUCGAGCAGAAGAUCCAGCCCAAUGCUCUUGGGUUGGAUAUCGCAACUCAAGCGGCUGAGGCAUCAGCCUUCCACUCCCUGGCACCCGGUUUGGUGGCCCAGACACGCCUUGCUGGUGCUGCAGCAUGCGAAGCUACUGAAGACACGUUCGAGGAGGAGGACCGGCAUGGAGAACACUCGGGCUUUGCGAUUGUUGCUGCAGAUUCCUUGGAGUGGCAUGGGCUGUUGGAUGAGCGCUUCAAGGCGUCGCUGCAGCGGAGGCUCUGCAGAGCAUCAGCCAGGAGGGCCCCCCCAAGCCCAACAUGUGCGUUGCUUGGCGGCGUGGGGCCAAUGCAGAGUGACUCGAUGCAGCUGCAGCAGGAGCUCCUCGCUUCCGAACGAGCACUCAGCAGCUGCCGGUCGGAGAUCCACUAUGAGCGGCAGUCGGCGCAGAAGCAUGCGAUGGCCCUGCAGAGAGGUGAGUUUGAAGUGCAGCGAGCUCGAGAGCACAGCGAGUGGCUGGAGGUCGAAGGUUCCAGCGUAUCGGCGACGGUAGUCGAGGACUUGGAAGCAGCCUGCUCACUCUGUUCAGAGGCGAGGUGUUCUGCAGAGGAUGCCCGGUACAUGCAACAAGAGUCCGUCACCUUGGCGCAAGUUGUGUUGGAGUCUCAUGCCAUUCUGGCUGACUAUGGCGCUUCGCUGGAGACUGCCCGCAAAACGAGGGAACUUGCCGAAGAGUCUGAAGCUCUGCGUAACUCACUGCACUUUGAGAAUGCCUUGGCGACGGAAUUUCGGCAGCAGCUGCGGGAGGAAGCCAAGUCUGUCAAGGCCGUCUUGGUGGAGUACGCGCGCCUCCGCGGGCGCCGCGAGGACGCCCUCCGCGGCUCCGCCCUGGCUUUGCGCGGCCAGGCCCAGGCCUCAGAGGCCUCUCUCUCCAUAAGCCCGGGUCUGCUCGAUGGUGCCUGCCUUGGCGCGGCUGUAGACCUAGAAACUUUGCGAAAUUCGCUUCACUUGCUGGACGGGCAGCCCUCGACCAGAGACGCGAUGCAGGCAUCAUUCUAUGGGAGCCAUGGGAGCAGCCUUCAUUCAGACCCUGAUGCUAGCCCGCAGAGCCCGUCGAUGACCACUGCUGACUUGACGCUAGCCUGCGCGGAUGUAUCGCCCCUGGCUCGUGUGUCGCAGAUCUCGCAGGAGUCAGCGCUGCUUGACCAGUCUCAAGCUACGCUCUCCAAUGGCCAUUUGUCCGACGAAGUUGAUGUGGAUGUUCCACUCUCUGGUGAGAUCUUCUCUCAGAGGGGCAGUGGCGCCGGCUCCUUUCUGAUGGAUGCAGAGAGCCUGACUGGGGAGGCUUGCAACCUUAGCCCUCAUGCUGGGACGGAAUUGGUCGAAGAUGGAGGUUUGAUCCGCCGGAGCGUCGGCGAGAAGGAUGCCAUGGUGCCCGACGACGUGGAAUCCCCUGACCCACCGGAUGAUGGUCACCUCAGUAUCUCCACAACCUUCGAGGCUCCGGACGCAGAUGCUACCAAGGAGGCCUCUCCCAGGAGCGAUGCACCGGAGGGAGAGCUGCCUGCCACCCGGCGGCCCAGCGAGCAGGCUGUGCCCGGAAGCAGAGAUGCGGAAGUGCAAACCGAGCCGGAAGCCCAACCUGAGAAGGCUGCGAAGGCCCCAUCUACUCCGACGGUGCCCGCAAGAAGCCUACGCAGCGGGCAAAGUUUCUCUGACAUCGGAGACGUCUCGCUGGGCCGCAGAGCGACUUCGCCGGCCAGGAGCUGCAGGACAGCGGCUGGUAGGCACGAAAAAGCAACUUCGCCGGUGCGAAGCCCCAUGACGGCCAGCCAAGACUCAACUGCCACAAGCCCAGCGAAGGAGAGAUCUCCUCGUGGUGGCGAUUUCGCACCUGGCACGGACAGACAGGGGAAUGCACAACGACGCAGAGCAGUGUCUCCCAAAUUUGAGCAUCGUGCACAGGUGGAAGCAAAGGCCACGCCUCGAAAGGAACGCAAGCCCUUCAGACCUUCAAGCCCCACGCCGCGGCUCAUUACCAAGCAUCCGCCCUCCACUUUGCACAAAUCUCCGCUCGCUGCGGUCCUUGGCCCUCCUCCCGAGUCUCGGCCAAGCGAGGGGCAGGGCCAAGGACCUUUUUUGCCGUCUGCAGGCUCCGCUUCAUGCCGGAGCCCUUCACAGGUUGGGAGUCCUGGUUGA